AAACACUGCGAUGAGGCUCCUCCUGGUGCUGCUGCUUCUGGCUGCUCUGUCUGCUGCCCUGGCCAGUCCCGGCGGCAUCCUGGUCAUGAAGUCCUGCUCCCCGACGUGCCCCAACAGCACCGUGUCCUCCGACGGCCGCGCCCUCUCCGUGUCCUGCUGCCAGGGCAGCCAGUGCAACCGCAGUGCAGCCUCGGGCCUGGGGGGCAGCCCCGGGGCCCUGUGGGCCAGCACCGCAGCCAGCCUGCUGUGGGCCCUGCUCCGGGCGCCCUGCUGAGGCCCUGGCCUGGAGUUCUCCGCACAGCCCCUGCAGCCUUGCCAGCUCCCACACACCCCACCCAAGGCAGCAGGGUCCCUGUCUCAGCGGCCACGUCCCUCCCUCCUUGCCCAGGCCACACCUAGCCCCUCCCUGGCCCUGGGGAGAGUAAAGGAGCCCACCCCCGAGGGCUCUGGCCCUGGUGAGGGAGCUCCACCCCUGCCUCAGGGAGUCGCGGGUGGGUGCCCCAGAGAAGAUGCCCGCUCCAAGACCCACACCUGCAGGAGACCCUCGGCCCUUUGCUGGGGUCCUGGGAACCCUGGCCAGCCAUGAGUGGGAAGAGCCCCCCAGUUCUCUCCAGCACCCUCUACCACUGUUUCAGAGGCCAGGGGCUGAGGGGCU